GUGGUGGCCGGACUUACGACCGUAUCGCGGUAGUAUAGCUCCGGCGGUCCGCAACGAGGGAGCAAAGCGAAACCGAAAGCGAACUGCUCUUGACAAGCACCGAAAUCAAGAUGCCAAUGAAGGGCUCGCAUAUGGUAUUCAAGCAUAGCCUUGCCAUGGGAGGAGGAGAGAGCUGCAAGGCGGUCGACUCGGGCGGUGACACUUCUACCAUUGGAGCUCCUGACUUCGUCAGCUGCCGACCAGACUUCAGAGAGCUGCUAGGCUCUGACCCCAGACUUCGGCUGCUACUGCGCGACUCUCACGGCCGACCAAUCUUCCACGAAGCAGGCAUCUACCACCCCAACUCGGAAUCCGUAUGGUUGUCCAGCAAUCGCAUGCUUGUGAAAGCGAAUGAGGACUGCACAGCAUCACACCACCAGACUGCCGCCAUCGUCCGCAUUGAUCUGAGAAAGAUCACCAGCGACAUGACGAGGAGCAACGUGCCGGCAUUCGAUAGGCUUGAGGAUCUCGUCGAUAUCUGUGAGGAGCUUCCCGCAGGCCUUGCGAUGCCAAAUGGAGCUACCAAGUGGACGCUCGAUGGCCAAGAGGCGGUGCUGUGGUGCGAGCAAGGACGUUACGCUCCUGUCGACAGUGUACAUAGCUGUGAAGACGUGCACUCUGCCCUGGUCGCCUUCACCCCUCACUCUCGACACGACCUCUCAAGCGCCUCUACCUCGACACUCCUCGACAAGUACGAAGGCAAGCGCUUCUCGAGCUUGAACGAUGUCGUUGUGCACGAGCAGAGUGGCGUUGUCUUCUUUACAGACCCAGACUAUGGUAUCGGCCAGAACUUCAAGAGGUCAAGACCGACCGAAGAAGAUGAUGAGUACGCGCCGAAAGUCCUGUACGCUUGGUAUCCUCCCACUGGUGAGGUGAGGCUGAUUGAUGGUAGAUACGACAAGCCCAAUGGAGUCACCUUCAUUCCCUCACCCACCUUGCCCAAGUCAGGCUCAGGAUUGCUCUGCACAACCGACACGGGCGCCUACAACUCUAUUCCAGACGCGCCUUUGGGGACCUUCAGCUUCGAACCGGCCCGCCCCGCGUGCAUCUACACCUACAGAGUCGAGCCGGCGGCAGACCCUGAGCGGGACCCUUUUCCGGGGAUCGCCAUCGAGGAGCGGAGACUGCUAGCGCAUUCGGCAUGUGGUCCGCCAGAUGGAGUGCAUCCGGAUGAAAAGGGCAACCUAUGGGUAGGCAGUGGAGACGGGGUCCACAUCUACGACCCGUGGUGCCCCGCAGACAGCAAGCUCUCCCCCCUCAUCGGCAAGAUUGUCCUUCCCACGGGCAAGGGCAAGGGCGUGGCGAACUUUUGUUGGGCUGGGGAGGUAGUGAAGCAGCCAGGUCAUACACAGAACGGACCAGACCAACAGUACCGCCUGCUCCUCUUUGCGGAAGACGAGUUGUGGGAGGCUCAGGUUGGCGCGAACGGUAGAGACUGAAGGAGCAAGAGCUCAUGUCAGUGUGAAGCGGAAGGACAAUGCUGCAUGCUCACGAUGGGAUCCACGGAUGGUAGACACAAUGCUGCAAGGGUGGCUAUGAAGGCCGAGC